GUUUAUCGCGAGACCAAUGGAACGGUUCUCAUGACCACAGUAUUGUGCCCCGUAUGCUACAACUAACAUUAAAGUAGAUUAUCUGAGUUCGCCAAAAAUGUAUGUUGGUUUCAUCGAAGGUUAAUGUUUGGUUCCGGUCCAAUUAGCUUUGUUACAAAGCACGAAGCAUGCAGCUACAUGUAUCUUGAGUUACCAUGGUUACCAAGGGCAUACAAACACAACAGGAUCAGACUCACCCUACUGUGUCAGCGCCACACUGGACACAAGUAACUAAAUUAAGCAGAUUGGUCGGGUACAUUUGGUACAUCAGAGAAACUGAGAAAAUGUACAAAGUGGAUUUGCCUGUAGACCCAUCCGUAGAAAACGCAGUGGAGAUGCGAAGGUCUGCAGAAACAGCACGCAAGGCCCGGAUCUUCAACACCCGGCUGCGUGUGUUGGGCCUCGAUCUUGAUGCUCUCAACCAACAGGUCCAGGAGAAAAAACAUCAGCAAAACAUGGAGAAACAAAGGGACAAAGCUUUCGAUAAGCUGAGAGAAUAUCAUGAUGUAGCACUGCUUCAGCAAGAUAUUGAUGGAAGAGAGAAGCAAGCAGCUUUACACACUGACCUGACCAAGUAUUGGGCCACUCAUCAACGUGUAGAGGAUACACGUGAUGCUGAUCUCAAGUGUGGCCUGAAGGGGGCAUUCAGGAGCACCAUUCCAGAGGCUGAGCUGGGGCCUGCCAGUAUGAAAAUAUUUCAGGGAGAGGGUAUCGGAGAAGAGCAGAGGAGGAGAGAACAAAACAAAAAGACAGACAGAGAUCUGCGAGCACAGAAGGAAGACAAUGAGAGAAGGCUCUUGGUAGAGAAGCACAGAGAGAUGCUGGUGAGCAAAGAGCUGGUGCAUCAAGACUGUCGGGGGCUUCAGCUACGUACACUAGAGGAGGAGUGUAAGAAAGCUGCCCACGUUGCACUCAACAACUACAAUCAAGCUCUGGCUGCCGAGCAGACAGAGACACUGAAGGAGCAGCACCGUAGAGAGGAGAGGGAGAAUCUUGCAGAGAUGCGGCACACUCUGACAUCCAACAUGAUGACAGAGUGUGCAGAGGCAGCGGCAAGAGAGGUGGGAGGAGGGAGGCUGCCACUGGUUCUGGUAGACAGAUGGAAGGGUAUGAACCCUGAGCAACUGAGCGUCAUCCACAGGGAGAGAGAAGAACAGCGUCUUGAGAGACAGAGACAACGAGAAGCUAAAAAGAUUCAGGAUGCAGCUUGGCAACUCCAGCUCCUGAAGCUGUCUAGAGAAGCAGAGGAGAAGGAGAGCAGAGCCGAGGAGCUGAGGAGAGAGAAGAGGAUUCAGACGGGCCGUUACAACAUGCAGCUGGCCGGAGAGCAACAGGCAUACCAGGAGUACCUGAACAAGAAGCUAUACACCAACAAACCCAGCAAGGACUACUUUUAUCAAUUCAACACCAGCUCCCGCUGACAACACCAUACACAGGCUUGUCUCUUUGUGACAAUCUGCUAAUAAAAUCUUUGAUUGUUAUACUCACACUCAAUA